AUGUCAACAUUAAUUUAAACAUUUUAACAUGCAAUCCAUAUGCAUUAUACUUUCGAGUAGAAUUUAAGUGUCUAAAUAAAUUUAGAUUCAAAAUUAUUCGACUAAGAUGGGGAUUGUUUAAAAUAUAAAACUUGGUUAAAUUAAUAAAAUUCAAUUCAAUCCUAAUAAAUGUUGACAAGUACAUCAGUUGUUGGAGGAUCAAUUGGAACAGGAUUAGGUUGUCUAAUUGUAGAUAGUGUUGAUCCUAAAAUUCCAUGGGAACAAAAAUUAAAAAGAGCAGGAUUUAGUUCAGUUGCAACUGGUUUAGUAGGAGCAGCUAUGCGUAUACCUGUAAUUGGAACAAUCUUAUCUUAAGCUUUAAUGUUCUAUGCAAUUAGAUUGACCGCAAAUAAUAAGGUGAUUAAUAACAAUGAGAAAAUGAAGAAUUUAGCACAUAUUGGAGUUUAAAGUUCAGUAGGCAUAGGCUCAGCUGUAGUAGGAUAAAUAUUAAUUUCAAUUCCAGUACUAGGAGCAAUAAUAGGAGGAACCGUUGGAGGUGUUGCCAUGAGUUUGUAUAGUAAGUUUUUUGAUCCAAAAACUAAAUAUUCCAUUAAACAUAUGAUUAAUAAUUUAAUGAAUAGAUAACUUCAAGAUGGAUUAUUUGUGUAUGAUGAUUAAGUGAUUAAAAUUAUGAAAAUAAAUCAGGAACAUUAUUUUGGUUGUAAACCUAAAAAAUUUACGGAUUCAGAAUGGUUAACCAUUUUGAUGGUUUAUUUGGUUAAUGAAGUUCAUUAUCUAUCCAAUCUAUAAGCAUUAGAAAAAAUUAAAGAACUUUAAAAGUAAAUAGAAAAAAACCCAAAUGAUGAAACCAAAUGUAUUAAGUAAAUUAGAGAAAUUGAAGAAGAUUUAGAAUAUCAAGAGAUAAUCAGGAUUAAAUUAGAAAAGUCUAAAAAUUAUAUUUAAAAAUAAGAAAUUAAUACUUUGUAAAUCGCUCCUUAAAUAGGAGAGUUUAUAAAUGGGAUGAUAGCUAAUUUUAAUUUAUGA